UGCAUAGGCGUCAGUGAGUUUUGAGCUGGCGUUGCAGUAAGUUGGUGGAUUCGCAGAGACAAGCAAGAUGAUCAAGAACGUAGUUUUUGUUGCCGUUGCUAUUUUCGCCUUACAGGGUGUUAUUGCUAAGCCAAAAGCGAAGCCCGCGGAAAAAUCUCAGCUGCAAGAGCUCGCUGCCAACGCUCAGACCAUCGUCAACAACGUUACCAGCGCGAUAGAAGGAAAUCUACCCGACUCCAAACAAGUCGUAGAAGCCCUAAACACCCAAGCCCAAACCCUGGCUAACCACGUUCAGACCGCUGUGGACAAGAUCAAGACUGAGGUGAAAAACAACCAAGGAGAGAUCGACACAGCUCUGAAAACAGUAUCUGACAAGCUCAGCGAAGUAGCUGCUAACCUUAAGUCGGCCCUUGGUCCGGAGGGUCAGAAACAGGCGCAAGAAAUCAAAGCCAAACUGGACAAAGGUCUGAAAGAUGCCGUUGCUCAAGCAGAGAAGCUGACCAAAGCUAUUGAACCGGAAGCUGCCAAAGUCAAAGAAGACCUGAGCAAUGCCACCAAAACAUUCCUGGAUCAGAUCAUCGAGGUUGGCAACAAUUUGAGGGAACAAGUGAAGACUUUGGAGAAGCCCAAACAAUAGACGAACUCUGAUGCCAUGUCUGUAUUUCUACUGUACUGUUUAUUUUUUAUCAGAACUCAAGACUUUUAGCGUAAUAAAGUUUAUUUCUUUGUAAAAAAUAUAUUUUUAUACCGAAUUCCCUAGAAAAUUUUUAAUAAAUCAUGAUAAAAAG